AUGCUGUCAUUGGUGGUAUUGUCCAUUGCAUUCGGAUCCGCCUUGGCCGUGACAAACAAUAGCAACUCGCCUUUUUGCAAACUUUGUAUCUGCUCAUGGAACCACGAAGGAACAUACACCAACGUGUCUUGUACCAAACCAAUCCCGAAUUACGCCUUUGAGAACUCUUCCUGGAUAGAGAACGACUCCAACAAGCCCUACGAGUAUACUGCUGUCUCUUUCCAGAACAACCAUUUCAAUAACUUGUCUUAUGUUUUCCCGCGGUCGAAUCUCAUCUACUUCAAUUUGGCACACAAUGAUAUUUUCAGGAUAUCCGACAGUGUUUUCAGGAAUUUACAGAACAUGGUCGUGCUGAUUCUGAGCUAUAAUGAUUUGGAAAUCAUACAUCCUGAUGCUUUCAAAGGCGUAUAUAUGGAAACGAGAUAUGAGCCUUUGAGAAGUUUGAAAGAACUUAGAUUGGACCAUAACAAACUCCACACAUUGAAUCAGGAUAUGUUCGAACAUACCACCGAUAUUGAAAUCCUGGAUUUGAGUCACAACCCAAUCGAAAUCAUAGAUGAUCAUACAUUGCUAGCUAUAGAUAGCUUGGCUUUCUUGAAGGAGUUGUAUCUGCAGUAUACGGAAUUGAAGACAUUGCCAGAUAAUUUGUUACAUACACCAAAAUAUUUGAAGGUUCUUGAUUUAUCCGGAAAUACAAGGAUCAACAAAAUUCCAGAUACAAUAGCGCAGGCUGGUAAUUUGGAAAAACUAUUUUUGAAUAAUACUGGUUUCAUCAACUUGACCCAGGAAAGUGGAUUUCCCAAAUUGAAGAACCUGAAGGUGCUCCACUUAUGCCGCAAUCAACAUCUUAGUCACAUCGAGAAACAUUCCUUGUGUAAUUUGGUGAAUUUGGAAGAGCUGUACUUGUGUGACAAUAUUGAUCUCACUUAUAUCGACCCAAUGGCUUUAGCUUUGCCAAUGAAAAGUGGUGGCAGUUCAGUUUGGCCUCCAAUUAAAAAACUUUAUAUUGGUAACAACAAAUUAGCUUACCUGGAUAGUGAUAUAAUCGCCAGAUGGGAUAGUCUUUCAGAACUGGAUAUCAGAGAUAACCCGUGGACUUGUGAGUGUGAAAAUCAGUGGUUGAUAGACGAUUUGGUGCCUCGCUCUUUGAAAAUCAACGAAAAUAUGACCAAGGAAAUAAGGUGUGCUGCUCCAAUUGAAAUGAAACAGUACACUUUCUAUGACCUUUAUGAGAAAAAGAGUCAUAUGAGAUGUUUGGACAUGUAUGGGGCUACACCUGAAAAGGAUGCAGCCAUACUUGUUGGCGUAUUGGCAGGUGUUCUGAUUACCAUUCCAGUAAUUUUGUUCUUGUUGUUAGCUUACCAACGUCGAUGGUUUUCUGUUUUUGGAUUUUGCGAUAAUUCUCCGGCAGCUUACUCCAGAAGGUUUUAUAAAGCUAGUGCAACAGAUGACAAUUUUUAA